AUGGCGUUGUUCCAAAACACUACUGUAUCCGUGGCUUCUGGGCCUCUCCUGCCCCAAUAUCACGUGGUGUCUUCUGCAGACGGAACUGGCAUAUGCGUCGCUGUUGAAAUAGCGCAUGACUCUGGCAAAUCAGUUACAGUGCUUAUUGACCUCUCCCCAGGUCCUCUUGAGGCUCCCCUUCUGCAGAUCAGCGCAAAGGAGACAGAGAAGGAACCUUCUGUGGCGGACGCCUCCUUCCAUGCCGCCGAGGAUCUCUCGGAGACUGACACUGAGAUGUCAACACUGUCUUCAAAGAGACUGCCUUCAGAGAGAAUACGUCCUUUUAGCACUCCCCCUUCUCUGCAUAAGUUCAAUGAGGAUCGCCCCGACACGCCGCCUCGAUCUCAAGGCCUGCCCCCAGGUUGCAAACAUUCAUGGCGUAAGCCUGAUGCGGAGGCUUUGCAACACCAAGAUGAGCAUCGGAAGGAGCUGUUUGUGGAGGCAAAGAAAAGGCAGCUAUUGAAGGAGAUGGAGGAGGAGGAGGGCUAUCGCGCUGUUAAGAAAGAGCGAUCUGGUGCAUCUGUUGUGACAGCCUAUCAGCAGGUGCGGAUGCAUCUGGUGCCGGCCGGCCCGGUCGCGCUCGACACCGCCCUCCCCAAGCGCGCUCGCGCACCCCUGGGUGCGACACUGUCCCGAGAUGUCCGGACACCGGCGCCUCAGGCGCUGCCACCUGAGCUCGCUGUCUCCGACAUAAACUACUACAUAGGCAGACGUAGAGGCGGGGACAACGCAGAGGAGGAGGAGGGCGACAUGGGCGACGUGAACGCGGGAGACGCGGAGGCGGGCGACGCAAAGGCAAGCGAGGCGGAGGAGGGCGACGCGGAGGGCUCGCGGGGGGGGCCAAGACGAGGCGGAGCAGGUGGUGGGCAACGCGGGCAAUGCGAAGGGGGAGGAGGCGCAGAGCAGCGAGGGCGGGCGAUGCGAGUGGAAGGACGACGGCCGCGUGGGCGGAGGAGGUGGGCGGAGGAGGGUGACGCGGAGGGCUCGCGGGAGGAGGCGGAGGCAGAGGAGGUCAGAGUGGGCGGAAGAGUGCGAGUGAGGCGGGCAGAGGCGGGCGAUGAGGUGGGCAGCGCGCGCCGGGGUGGACGACGCGGGGGCGGACGGGCCGGAGGAGGUGCAGAUGCAUCUGUUGAUCUCAGGUACCACCCCGUUGCUAUAUCCACCCCCAUCACGCCACUUCCCCAGGCGCGCACACGCACCUCAUAUGGGCGCCCACCCGUGCUCAUCGUCCCGACUCCCCGCCGUCCUUCUAUAUUCUACUACAACAUGGAGGUAGCGCGGCACGGCGGUUGGAGGCGGAAGAAGGCGCCGUGGACGCGGAGGAGGGCGCCGCGGACGAAGGAGGGGGACGCUGGAGGGGGGCGCGGAGGCGAGCGAUGCGGAGGCGGCGAGUCGGAGACGGGCGAGGCGGAGAGCUGGGACGAUGCAGAGGGUGGCGUGGAUGCGAAGGAGGGCAAGGCGGAGGGCCGGGACGAGGUAAACAAGGCGGAGGGCGACGCGCGGGGACGCUGGCGGCGCGGAGGACGACGCAGGCGGAGGCGUGCGACACGCGCGGAGGCGAGCGAGACGGAGGAGGCGGAGGGCGACGCGGGCGAUGACGUGGGCGACACGGAGGGCUCACGGGAGGAGGUGGAGGGCCGCACGCGGGCGGAGGAGGGUGAAGUGGGCGCCGGGCAAAGGAGGAUGAUGGGGAAGGGGAGGACGAGCAGGAUGAGGACGGUGACGUGGGCGGAGGACGCGGAGGUGGAGGAGGGCCAGGACGUGGCGGAGGAGGGUGACGCGAUGCGGGCGACGCAGAGGCGGAAGGCGAGGGCGGGCGAUGCGGGGGGAGGAGAGCGGCGCGGAGGAGGACGUCAGUGUGGACGUCCUCGGCCUGUCGUAGGCAGGGGGCAUGGGUGGGCAUCGGGAGUGCAAGAGGACGGAGCGGAGGACUCACCAAAAAACAAGUGCCGCGGCACAUCGCCGCGGCCCCCAUAUUCCGAUCUCCAUCGUAUGGACGUCCUUGUGCAGUGUUUUUUGUUGGCGGGAUCGAGGUUGAGGUUGAGGUCGAGGGAGGUUGGAGGAGGGAAGAGCGGGGAGGCUAGGGGUAGCGAGGGUGGAGGAGAGGAGCAGGAGCAGGAGGAAGCGAGUGAGGACAGCAACAGCGAAGGACGCGUGGCGCGCAUCAACGGGCCCGUUGAUGCGCACCACGCGUCCGCGCCGUAUACCAAAGGUGGUGCAUCUGCACCUGCCGAUAAGUACUCACAACAGGUGUUCCUAGCGAUUCACUGCUGCUCGGAGGUGGGUAAUGACGCAGAGGUGGCCGACGCGCGUGGAGGAGGUGGGCCCCGGGUGAGGGAGGCGGAGGAGGGUGUGCGGGCGCGGGCACCUGAGAACAGCGCGGAGGUGGGCAACGGGGAGGAGGGCAGCGGCGAGGUGGGCCAGGCGGAUGCGGAGAUCGAGGUCAAGGCCGGCGGCAGGCCGGAUGUACGAAGCCGGAGAGGAGAGGUGGGCGUUGGGAAUGCAGGAGGGUGGAGCGGGGGACUCACCAAAACAAGGGCCGCGGUACAUCCCCGCAACCCCCUAAUUCUAAUCUCCAUGCUGAGGACGUCCGGAUGGACGUCCUCGUGCGGUGCGGAUGCGGCCGGCAAGUCGCUAUCGUCUGCCUGGACGGUGGUGGGGGCGGAGCAGGAGGAGGAGGAGGCGGGGGAGGGAGCAAGGACUGCGGGAGGGAUGCGUGGCGUGCAUCACAGCCACGCGUCCUUGCCGCCCACCGAGGCGCGUCUCCGACCCCCUUCCCCCUCUGUAGCCGUCGGUAACGGCGGUACGACCCCGUCAUGUUGCCGUCGGUAA